AUGGCCGAUCCUCUCACCAUUGCCGCAAGUGUGGUUGGUAUUACCGUUCCAGCUUUACACGGCACAAAGCUACUUCUAGAUGACCUGGAGAAGCUCAAAUAUGCGCCCAAACUGUACAGCUCUGUCCACAAUAGCCAUAUCGCGGAAGAGAUUAAAAAGACGAUAUCUACAAAGCAGGCUGAGGUCAAAUGUGCUAUUGCCACGGCGGAUAAGCAGCCGAUAGUAUUAGAGUACAAGAUGGAAGAUAUGGACCAUCUUUGA